AACUUACCAUUGUGAUUUCACAUUCACUGUAAAAUGCCCAAUAUCUUCAUGUUCAAGAUUUUACUUAGUGCAAACUCCUCAUAAUUAGGCAAAUUCCCAUAUACCCAGAUCUACAGCAUUUUCUAGUAAAUACAUUAUAUAUCCUUUUGAUUUGAUGGGUAUUAACUUUAUGUAAUAGUUCAUGAAAUUUGAUUUUCUGGGAUUUGGUCUGUCAUCUCGAUAUAUUGUGGUUCCAGCAGUUGAUCUACUAAACAGACUAUUUAUUUUUUUAUGUGAUUGAGAGGUAUCAAUUUGAGUUUUUUGGAAGAUGAUGUUUUGGAGAGAUCGUGAGAGAGAUAAUAGUAAUAGCAAGGAUCAGAAUGGUGGGCCACUUUGUGGGCAGGUUAGGGUUCUUGUUGUUGGAGAUUCAGGUGUGGGAAAAACCUCUCUUGUACAUUUGAUCACAAAGGGUUCCACCGUCACCCGUCCUUCUCAAACGAUUGGAUGUUCUGUAAAUGUGAAGCACAUUACUUAUGGAAGUCCUAGCAGCUCUUCAAAUAGCAUUAAAGGUGAUGCUGAAAGAGAUUUCUUUGUUGAAUUAUGGGAUAUCUCAGGUCAUGAUCGUUAUAAAGAUUGUCGAUCUCUUUUCUAUACACAAAUUAAUGGUGUUAUAUUUGUUUAUGAUCUGUCGCAAAGACGAACGAAAACAAGUUUACAUAAAUGGGCAGCAGAAAUUGCAGCAACUGGGACUUUCUCUGCUCCAAUGGGUUCUGGAGGCCCUGGUGGCCUUCCUGUUCCAUACAUUGUUAUCAGUAAUAAAGCAGAUAUUGCUGCAAAGGAAGGCGUUAAUGGAAGCAGUGGAAAUCUUGUGGAUGUAGCUCGGCAAUGGGUUGAGAAGCAGGGGCUUCUUCCAGCAAGUGAGGAAUUGCCGGUGACUGAUAGUUUCCCUGGCAGUGGAGCAUUGUUAGCUGCUGCCAAAGAAGCAAGGUUUGACAAAGAAGCUGUAACGAAGUUCUUCCGCCUGUUGAUAAGGAGGAGAUACUUUCCCGAUGAAUUUCCACCGUCUAAUCCAUGGUCUAUUUCACCAAUUCAAAGGGCAUUCCCAUCAUCUGACGAAAUAACACGCAACAAAGAUCAAUACGGAAACAAUACAAGCUUAAGCGAGAAUCCUUACAAGUACAAUGUACAUCCUCCCUUGUUGGCUCAACACAGCCUUACUCCUCCUCCCACACUUAACCCUCAACGACCAAUGCUGACUCCUGAAGCCAAUAAUGUGCCACGGUAUAACCUGGCUAGUGCUGCAGAACUCGGCUAUACGAAACCAAAACGCAUCGAUAUAAAUGUUUAAAGAAAUAACCGAAAUUCAGCCAGAAGCUUGGUAUUAAAAGUAUGAUUCAAAUCUUUAUAUUCUUAUGGUAUUUAUCAUUGAUUUAUUCAGUUCAUUUAUCCUUCCUGAUUUUGAAUUGGCCAAUUAGUUUUUGGAAGUUUUGGCCUUCUCUAAGGGGUGAAAUUUUGUUAUUAGAAGUGAUCAAGUGUAUAAUCCAAGUUUGUUAUAUGAGUGAAACUUUUGAUUAUUGCAAGAAAAUGGAACAUAAAUAAUGUAAUAUGAAAUUUCAGCGUGAUUAUCUCGAUUUUAAGUCAUGACCCACGAAUUUUCGAUUGGGUUCUAAGUCAAUUGUGAUUUGAAAACCCUGAAUACGAUAGAAGCAAUAACUGUUGCUACAUGAUAAACAAAUUGGAAAUCAAGAGAGAAUGCAAGAACUCUAGCUAGAGCCAAAUUAGACCUUAAUUGCUUAAAUUCAUUAGUUGAAACAAAGCAUAGAUAGAAUGAAAAUAUAGAAUGCAAUGAAAAUAAACUGAGUUAAGUUAUAUGAAAAAAAAAAAAAAAAAAAAACCGAGAAUCUUUGAUUAGCCUAGUUAUUAAGGGUUUUUUAUAUCGUUGUAAUAGGAGUUUGAUUUUCACCAUCUACUCAGAGUUCGUCAGGAACAUGUCUAUAU